CUUUCAGCUAUUUGUGGUGGCGUCAUCCAUAAAGACAAAGGAAUUCUAACCAGUCCUAAUUCUCCCGAUGAUUAUCGCCCUAAUCAAGAAUGCGUGUGGAUAAUUAUUGUGCCUGAAGGUUAUUUAGUUGGUCUUACCUUUCAAGCAUUUGAGAUUGAAAAUCAUGACAACUGUGUAUAUGAUUAUAUUGAAAUCCUUGACGGACCCGACGAAUCCUCCCCGUUCUUGGGAAAAUUCUGUGGUUAUAAAAUGCCAGAGGAGAUCAAAUCCUCAAGCAAUCAGCUGUAUGUUAAGUUUUUCUCUGAUGGAUCAGUACAGAAAGCUGGUUUUUCUGCUUCAUUCACUAGAGAAUAUGAUGAAUGUAUGACGGACUAUCACGGUUGUGAUCAUAAAUGUGUCAAUACGCUUGGUUCUUAUAGAUGUGAGUGUGAAAUUGGUUAUGAACUUCACUCCGACGGCAAGAAAUGUGAAGACGCUUGUGGAGGAUUUAUCAACGCUGAGAAUGGUACAUUCCAAAGUCCAUCAUUUCCUGAUCUUUAUCCCACUAACAAGUAUUGUGUUUGGCAAAUCGUGGCACCAAAGCAACAUCGAAUUACUCUAAACUUCUCAUAUUUUGACUUGGAAGGCAACAACCAAGACUGUGAGUACGACUCAUUGAAGGUAUCAAAUGGUGAAUCAUCUAAAGUCUUAGGAAUAUUCUGUGGUUCAACCCUCCCAUUACCCGUAACAUCUUCGGAUAGUAUUCUUCGUAUUGAAUUCACUUCUGAUAACUCAGUCCAAAAAACAGGAUUUAAUGCUACUUUCUUUACAGAUAAAGACGAGUGUGCUGUCAAAAAUGGCGGCUGCCAGCAAAUCUGUAAGAACACAAUUGGUAGCUAUGAGUGUGCCUGUAAAAAUGGAUUCACGCUGCACGAAAACAAACACGACUGCAAAGAAGAUCCGUCCAGAUCCAAGCAAAAUAUAAAGACAAUAAACCUGAAAACAACGAAUAAAGCAAACCAGAAUCGGAUGCUAGGGGAUGCUACCAAUUUAAUAAUCAGUGGCUGCAAACACGAAAUAAAAGCCCCAUCAGGAACCAUAAUCAGUCCCAAAUGGCCAGCUUUCUAUCCUAGCCGCAAGAAUUGUGUAUGGACAUUCACUGUCACUGAUGGACACCGAGUGAAAUUGCAGUUUGAAGAAUUUGAGUUGGAGCCACAUCAAGAAUGUACCUAUGAUCACAUUGAAAUCUUUGAUGGUGAUAGUAUCAAUAGCCAGUCUUUGGGGCGUUUCUGUGGCAACAAAAUACCUCAUCCGAUUUACUCCAGUGGCAAUACAAUGCAUAUGAUCUUUUACUCCGAUGCCUCCGUCCAAAGAAAAGGCUUCAGCGCUGUACACAGCACAGUGUGUGGCGGUCAUUUAGUAGCUAAAAAGGAAUCAAUGUCUAUCUAUUCCCACGCCAAAUAUGGAGACCAAAACUAUGACAACACGGCUGACUGUGAAUGGGUGAUUGAAGCAGAGAAUGAUAAAAAGAUUUAUGUUGAAUUCGAGAGCUUUGAAAUUGAAAACGAAUCAGAAUGCUUGUAUGAUUUUGUGAAACUAUAUGAUGGCAAAUCAGACAAUGGCACCCCGAUAGGAACAUACUGUGGUAAUGAUAAACCACCGCCCACAAUGUCUUCCGAUCGCAUCUUGACAGUCCGGUUUUUCUCUGAUGACACCGUAAACUGGAAGGGAUUCUUGUUAACCUAUAAACUCGCUGACAGUCACAUUUCCGGCGGCGAACCCCAAGAGUUACCCGAAGCUGAAGAAUAAACUUACAAAUGGCCGGAAGCCAAAAGAGCAUUUGAUUUGGUUAUACUCAUGAAAAAAAAAAAAAAAAAAAAAAACAAACACAGAAAGAGAAAAACAAAAAAUCCCCCAGAAAACAUUAAAUAUUUCAA